UCAUUGCUCAGUGAGAAAAAACCCAAGGAGCGCUAAGGCAGUCAGUGCUGUUAAAAUAUGAACCAGAUCGAGCGGUUCCUUCUUAAACGUCUGAGACAACAUCUUCAACUCGAUUAAUCUUUUAUUAAAAUACCGUCGUUGGGAAUUUUGGCCAUAGUCUUACCUUUCCGUACUGUUUGGCAUAUUCUCUUUUGCGCUGGAUCUGUCGUGUCAGAAGAUGUGUGUGGAGAGCGAUGGAUGCGAAAUAGAAGGUUGCAGUAGUUCUGAUGAGGUGCAUACUCUGUCCGGCAGCAUGAGUCCUGGACUGAAAUCCAACCCCGACCUCCAUCCUUGCAAGCCGGGGCAGAAAUUCCGAGCAGCCUUGCUCCGGUGCCGGUCUCCCACCGCUGCUGCCGGGAUUCUCAGUUUUGGGAAUGUGCUCAAUUACAUGGACAGAUACACAGUGGCAGGUGUUAUUCUUGACAUCCAGAAACACUUUGACGUUACUGACAGCGGAGCUGGCUUGUUGCAAACGGUUUUCAUCUGCAGUUUCAUGGUCGCCGCUCCCAUCUUCGGUUACCUGGGAGACCGCUUCAACCGGAAGGUGAUCCUGAGCUGCGGGAUCUUCUUCUGGUCUGCCAUCACCCUCUCCAGCUCCUUCAUCAGCAAAGAGUAUUACUGGCUGUUUGUCCUGUCCAGAGGCCUGGUUGGGAUCGGUGAAUCCAGCUACUCCUCCAUCUCCCCCACCAUCAUAGGGGACCUCUUCACCAACAACAGCCGGACCAUGAUGCUCUCUGUGUUCUACCUGGCCAUCCCCCUGGGAAGCGGGCUGGGCUACAUCUUGGGCUCCAGCGCUAAGGAAGCUGCUGGGGACUGGCACUGGGCACUGAGGGUGUCUCCCCUCCUGGGCAUGACGGCCGGGGCUCUCAUCCUGUUCUUCGUGCCCGAGCCCAAGAGAGGCACCCUGGACCAGAUGGGAGGACGCAUCAGGACCCGGACCUCCUGGGUCUGUGACAUGAAGGCUCUGGCCAAGAACCGGAGCUAUGUGUUCUCGUCUCUGGCGUCGUCGGCCGUGUCCUUCGCCACGGGGGCGUUCGGCAUGUGGAUCCCAGUCUACCUGGUCAGGGCGCAGGUGGUGCAGAAGACGGUGGAGGUGUGCACGACAGGGAUCUGCAGCAGCAAGGACAGUCUGAUCUUCGGGGCGAUCACCUGCGUGACGGGGCUGCUGGGGGUGCUGAUCGGGGCGGUCACCACCCGCAUGUGCCGGCAGAAGACGGAGCGAGCCGACCCGCUGGUCUGCGCCGUCAGCAUGCUGGGCUCCGCCAUCUUCAUCUGCCUCAUCUUCGUGGUGGCCAAGAAGAGCAUCGUGGGAGCUUACAUCUGUAUCUUCAUUGGUGAAACACUGCUCUUUCUGAAUUGGGCCAUCACGGCGGACAUUUUAAUGUAUGUCGUCAUCCCCACGAGGAGAGCCACAGCGGUCGCCUUCCAGAGCUUCACCUCUCACCUCCUGGGGGAUGCUGGGAGCCCCUACCUGAUAGGCCUGAUCUCGGACGGCCUCCAGCAGAGUUACGCCUCGUCCGUCCUAUGGCAGUUCCUCAGCCUGGGCUAUGCUCUCAUGCUGUGCCCCUUUGUCAUCGUGCUUGGGGGCAUGUUCUUCCUGGCCACAGCCCUCUUCUUCCUGGACGACCGGGAGAAGGCAGACAAGCAGCUGAGCCAGCUGUCCAGGCCGCCCUCCACAGUAAAGGUCACUACGUGAGGAGCCGCCAGAGUGAGGAAUCAUGGGCCGAUGGAACCAUGCACGCUGCCUUUGGGAGGACGAUGAAGGCAUAGAAUACCAGAGAGGGCAGCCGAUCCCCUUCAUUACCCCGGAGCCAUCCAUUGUUAUUGUUAUUGUCCUCCUCUUCAUCCUCAUCCUCAUCGCUAUAUCUUCAUCACCCCUCCCACUCCUCUGCUGCCCAUGGCUGUUGAUAACUGGAGAAAGAGAGCGCCUUGCUCAUGACCAGACACCUCUGUCCCACCACACACUGACAAGCAGACAGAGCUGUAUGCUGGAGCCAGCCAAUCGGCAGCUGGUGGCCCUUCCACCUUUGUCCAAUAAAGAGCCACUGAACCAUCCGGGGGACAAUGGAGCCCCUCUCUACAGUGCCAUACUACUGAAUGCUGAACAUGGACCUUGUCCUCCGUCUGUGUGUAUGUCCUUAUGUCUGUCUGUCACAUUGCAUGUGGAUGUGCACCAAGUGCCCUAGCAACAUUACAUUCCUUCACAGGCUCUGCACUGACCACCAUCGACAACAACAACAACCAAAAGGAAGUCACUGAGAGGCCAAAAAUACACCUGUGGUAAAUGUCAGUGACUUUGUUCUUCAUCAACCAUGAAAGUCUGGCGAGCCAGCCUUAAGACUUUAAGCUUUCACGUCAUCAGUGCAGACAGGUCGUUGCUUUGGAUUCCCCUGUUCUUUUAAAUGUCUUUCAGCACUUACAAAUACAAAGCAGUGCCGGUGAUGCCAUGACAGGUUCCUGCACCUUACUGGAGCUUUUUUUGUGUGAUUUUUGUUAUUUUUCUGUGUAGGUUAGAAUUGAAACUGGAGGUUUCUGCCUAUGAUUGUUUCCGUGGGCUGGAGUUAGGACUAACUCAACUGAUUGAGAGAGGACACUGGAGUAGAUUUAUAUUUCUGAUGUAAAUGUUGUUGUUGUUUUUGUUUUUCCUCAAAAUGAUCAAAUGCUUCCGUUUAGUCUUGGAGCAGUUAUGAAGGGACAACUCUCUUUCUUCAUCUACAGAACAGGACAGGCCUUCUAUCUAUAGGUCCAUGGGCUUAUCUGUAAACCUGAAGUUUCCUUAAAGGCCAGAACUCAGUCUGUUGGUUUUGAGUUUCUGGACACAUCACCCAUGUAGAGAGAGUCACCUGUGGAUAGAUUUCCCUAUUCCAGACAGUUACAAUAGCAGUCUUUGUGCUUGAAUCUUUUACCCCGGUAUUUGAAGCUAUCUAUUUCCUGGCAGAGAAAAAAGGGACCCUUAAAAAGAGCUGGAGCCUCACUCAGUCACAGGCUAAUUAGUUGGAGAAAUCAAACCCCAGGGAAGGGAAGCAUGUCUGUCCCAGGUAGGACUGGCUCACAGGCUGUAGGUAAUAAAGAACUCCCACUGUCAGAAGAAACACAUAGGAACUGAGUCUUGACGAGCACAUGACUUGGCCAUACCACACCACUGACAUUUGAAGAAAAGCCUUUUGCUUUGGCCUUUUUGCUCGAGUCGUCAACAGACAAGACAACUUUGGCUUCAAACCCUCAUUCUGUGCAUCCCUUCAGUGAUUGGGUCAAUAUCACGCAAGCUUGUAGGCCGUGUACGGCAGGCCUACACAGGUCACGUCAAUAAGGAUGGCAAUAACCAAAACAACAUCAUCAAACUAUCAAAAAAAGUCUUUCCUCCGAGGGGAGUCACAAUCUGGCCCUGAAAGAGAAGCACCUGACAGGCCUUGAGCAGAUGUAUGAGACUGAGGGUGAUCGAAUCAAAGGAGGCUUUGAAAGAGUAUGCGUGGUGUUGCUCUGACUCACCCGAGGUGAAUAUAUGAUUUGUGGGCUGUGUUCUAGUUGCCAGCCAUUGUAAUUACUUUCAUCUUCCUCCACAAAUGGAGGAUCUCUCUGAAUGUGACUCCGUCCUAUCUGACGUGUUUACACAACAUUAUCUUAAUGAAGCUUUUUUUUUUUUUUUUACAAAUGAGUUUUAUAUAUUAACUACAAUAGAUAUAUAUAGCUAUAUUAUGCAGCAAUUCUAAUAUAUUGUAAAUGAUGGCUUGGAUGCAAUGUAUUUAUUUGUUUGUUACCAUAAUGAUGAAGAAACUGUAAAGGGAAGUUUAAUGUUAAGUAUGCUUAAAGUACACUUUAUUGUCUAUCUUUGGGUUUAGAAAAGGCUCCUACAUAUGUGUUUAUCAUAUUGUAUUACAACGAAACAACACAAUACCUUUUUACAUCACUAAGAAUCAUUGCAUUUACUGUGAUCAUGAAUUGGAUAUUGAAGGUAUGCACACACUAGCAGUACCGUAUCAUGACGUUUCACACCAGUAUUGAUCGAUGCUAUAUUGCUCAGUACUAUUUCCUAUUGUACUAUGAAGGUUUUUUCUUUUUUUCUAGACCAAUAGAUCAAACCAUUUUGCACAACAUUGUUAACACUUUCAUGUUCAGGGAUUUAUUUGAACUCAUACUGCUACGUUCUACUAUCUUCACACACAAGCUCUCCCACAGACUGCACAGUUCAUGCUCACAGUAAAUGCUGGCAUUUCGUCAUUUGACACCAAUGGGAUGUAGUUCUGGCUGGAGGGGUCAUAAAUGGUGGUUCACAAUGCCAAAUUUAGUCAAUUUAGAUUAACAUCCUUUAGAAGUAGAAGUCCUUUGUAUGGAGUAAUUCCAUUUGAAUAAUCACAGGAGUGAUGUAUUGAGAAUGUGCUCUUUCUUGUUAUACAAGAGUCAUGUAUAAAGAGACCUAUUUCUGAUGUUAAGCAGAAAACAGAGGUUAUUUUUAUUUUUAGAGCAAGUGUGAUUAAACAACAAAAAAAAGAAAAGAAACAACCUUAUCUAGAACCUAACUGUGACACUCUCUCAGGGGGUGAUAUAAAAUAUACACGUCUAUGUAAAAUGAUCAAAAUAAACGUAUUUAAUCAAAUCA